AUGAAACAAAAUGAUUAUAUAGAACUAAAUUUAGAUCAAGUAGAAGAAGCUUUUAAAUGUUUUCAAAUUUCUUAUCCUAUAACGUUUAGAGACAAAUUUUAUAAAUUUAACAACAAUAUAUCAAUAAAUGAAAAUUUAAAUCAUUUAUCAUUAUUUGCAUUACAUAAUCCUAUACUAUCUUAUUAUUGUUAUAAACCAAUUUUUUUAGAAUUAAUUUCAAGAUGGAUUCAAUCACCUAAUUUAUUUGAACAAUCUUCAACUUUUAUAACUGGUUGUAAAAUAUUAUCAUCAUUAUCACAAUUAUUAAAUAUAUCAUAUGAAUAUUUAAAUUUAUUUGAAUUAUUUUUACAAAAUUUUGAAUUUGAAUACUCAAAAAAUAUUGAUAUUUAUGAAUUAGAUUCAAUUUUAUUAUCAUACUAUCGUUUAUUACAAUUUGAUACUAAAAGAUUUAAACAAUAUAUUAAACCAAAUAUAAUAUAUAAUAUAUUGGAAAAUGAAGAACUGAAAGUUUCAAAAUAUUUUGCUAUUCAAAUUAUUACAAUGUAUAUACUGGCAUCAGAACAAGUUAGAAAUAAUAUGUUUAAAAAAUAUGAUAUUGGAGAAGAAAUUUAUUCUAAAAACUCAUCAUUAAAUCAUUAUUUUUUACCAUUAGCAGAAGCCAAAAGAAUUUCAAAUAUUAAAACUUUACCAACUUUAGAUUCUCAUGACUCCAAAAAUAUUUUAAAAAUACCAUAUUCAGAUAUUUCUACAACUUUAUUAGCACCAGUUUGUGGAAUAUUAAUACCCAAAUUACAUAAUGUCAAUUCUACUCAACAAAUCAAAUUUGUACCAACAGGUAAUUCAAUAAAAAGUCUAAAACAAUUGGCUCAAAACAUUCAAUUAAAUAAACCAGUAAUGCUAGUAGGAAAUGCGGGAUCUGGUAAAACUUUUCUUGUAAAUAAACUUGCAGAUGAUUUAUCGUAUUCAGAUUCAAUUGUUAAAAUUCAUUUAGGAGAACAAACAGAUGCAAAAUUAUUACUUGGUACUUACACUUCUGGUGAAAAACCAGGAACAUUUCAGUGGAAUACCGGUGUAUUAACAUCUGCAGUUAAAGAAGGAAAAUGGGUUUUAAUUGAAGAUAUUGAUAAAGCACCAACAGAAAUACUAUCAAUUAUAUUGACAUUAUUGGAGAAAAGAACACUUUCUAUUCCAUCAAGAGGUGAAGUUAUUGAAGCUAAAAAUGGAUUUCAAUUAUUUUCAACUGUAAGAACUGACAAAAAAUCGGGAGUACCUGAUAUGAUUGGAUCAAGAUUUUGGGAAACAAUUGAAUUACAACCUCCAACAGAGGAAGAAUUAAAAUAUAUUCUACAAAUUAAAUUUCCAAAAUUGAAAAAUUUUUUGGAUUCUAUAUUGAAAUGUUAUUAUGAAGUUUUACGAUUUUACGAUUUAAAAGCAUUUAUUUCAUUAAAUAAAGGAAGUCUUCCUAGAAUUAUAUCUACAAAAGAUUUAAUAAAAUUUUGUUCAAGAUGUGAAGUUUUAUUGGAAGAACAAAAACCAGAAUUUGAUGUUACAAUUUAUGAUGAUAUUUUUGCAGAGGCAGUUUCAUGUUUUGGAAGUGCAAUUGUUGAACCUCAUGCUUUGGAAAUAUUAGCUAAAUUUAUAGGUGAAAAAUUAGAAAUUCCAUCAUCAAGAAUUAAUUUAUUUUUAUCAAAACAUGCACCAGUAUUUCAAAAUGAUAUUGAAUUUUUAAAAGUUGGUCGUGCUGUUUUAAAGAAGUCAUCCGAUCACAAAAGAUCUGAAACCACUGCAUUUGCUAGAACUAACCAUGCUCUUCAUUUAAUGGAACAAAUUGGUGUUGGUACUAGAAUGGCAGAGCCUUUAUUGCUUGUUGGUGAAACAGGUACAGGUAAGACUACAAUCGUUCAACAAAUUGCAAAAAUUUUACACAAAACUCUUACUGUUAUCAAUGUAUCUCAACAAACAGAAGCUGGUGAUUUAUUAGGAGGUUACAAACCGAUCAAUUCUAAAACACUUGCUAUAAAUGUUCAAGAUGUUUUUGAAAAAUUAUUUUUGGCAACUUUUUCAGAAAAGAAAAAUGAAAGAUUUAAUAAAAUUUUAUCCAAAUGUUUUAACAACAAUCAAUGGAAAAAUGUUGCAAGAUUAUGGAAAGAAGCUUAUAAACUGGCCAUUGAUGUACUUUCUAAACAACCAGAAAAUGAUGAACCAAGAAAAAAAAGAAAGACUGACAAAAGUUUUCUACUUCAAAAAUGGGAUGAAUUUCAGAAAAUCUUAGAAGAUUUUGAAAUCAAAAUAACCGCAGAACAUUCAUUUGUGUUUGAUUUUGUGGAAGGGUCUUUGGUAAAGGCAAUAAAAAAUGGUGAUUGGCUUUUACUUGAUGAAAUUAAUUUAGCAAGUUCAGAUACUUUGGAAAAUAUUGCAGAUUUACUUAAUGAGUCAAUUGAUCAAAGAUCAAUUUUAUUAUCCGAAAGAGGUGAUACAGAACCUUUAAAAGCUCAUCCAGAAUUUAGAAUAUUUGGUUGUAUGAAUCCUUCCACUGAUGUUGGUAAAAGAGAUUUACCAGUAAGUAUUAGAUCAAGAUUUACAGAAAUUUAUGUGCAUUCACCUGAUAAAGAUUUACAAGAUUUAUUAAAAAUUAUUAACAAAUAUAUUGGAAGAUUUGCGAUUGGAGAUGAAUGGGUGGUUAAUGACAUAGCUGAACUUUAUUUAAAAGCAAAAGCUUUAUCAGAACUGAAUAAAAUUGUAGAUGGUGCAAAUCAAAGACCUCAUUUCAGUAUUCGUACAUUAACAAGAACUUUAAUUUAUGUAUGUGAUAUUAUACCAAUUUAUGGUUUGAGAAGAUCAUUAUUUGAAGGAUUUUCAAUGACUUUUUUAACUUUACUAGAUAUUAAAUCAGAGGAGAUACUAAAACCUGAGAUUAUCAAAUAUACUAUUGGGAAAUUGAAAAAUAUGAAAUCCAUAAUGAGUCAGAUGCCACAAGCACCAAACCUGGGUCUGGUUCAAUUCAAGCAUUACUGGUUGAAACAUGGACCUAACGAGAUUAUACCACAACCCAAUUAUAUUAUCACUCCUUUUGUUGAGAAAAACCUUUUGAAUUUGGUGAGAGCUACAGCUGGCCGUAGAUUUCCUGUUUUAAUUCAAGGUCCAACUUCUGCUGGUAAAACUUCGAUGAUCAAUUAUUUGGCUAAUAUAACCGGGCAUAAAUUUGUUCGUAUCAAUAAUCAUGAACAUACAGAUUUACAGGAGUAUUUAGGAACUUACGUUAGUGAUUCAUCGGGAAAAUUAAUAUUUCAAGAAGGGAUUUUAGUGGAAGCUUUGAAAAAGGGGUAUUGGAUUGUUUUGGAUGAAUUGAAUCUUGCUCCAACUGAUGUUUUAGAAGCCUUAAAUCGUUUAUUAGAUGAUAAUAGAGAAUUAUUUAUUCCUGAAACUCAAGAAAUUGUUAAACCACAUCCUGAUUUUAUGUUAUUUGCAACUCAAAACCCACCUGGAUUAUAUGGUGGUAGAAAAGUAUUAUCCAGAGCUUUCCGUAAUAGAUUUUUGGAGCUCCAUUUUGAUGAUAUUCCACAAGAUGAAUUAGAAAUUAUUUUAAGACAAAGGUGUCAAAUUGCUCCAAGCUACGCGAAAAAAAUAGUUGAUGUUUAUAAACAAUUGACCGUACAAAGACAAUCAACAAGAUUAUUUGAACAGAAAAAUUCAUUUGCUACUUUAAGAGAUUUAUUUAGAUGGGCAACUAGAGAGGCAGUUGGUUAUGAAGAAUUAGCUAUAAAUGGUUAUAUGUUAUUAGCUGAAAGAGUCAGAAAAGAUGAUGAAAAAAUAGCUGUCAAAGAGACUAUUGAGAAAGUAAUGAAGGUAAAAUUAGACAUGGAAUCAUAUUGUGAAAAUUACGAUUUGGAUGCUUUAAUUGAAAGCGACACAUCAGUGGUCUGGACUAAAGCAAUGCGUCGUUUAGCAAUAUUAGUUUUAUCUUCAAUCAAAAAUAAAGAACCGUUAUUAUUAGUUGGUGAAACAGGUUGUGGUAAAACAACUGUUUGUCAAGUUAUAGCUGAUUUUUAUUCCAAGCAAUUGAUUUCAGUAAAUGCCCAUCAAAACACCGAGACUGGAGAUUUGUUAGGAAGUCAAAGACCCAUGAGAAAUAAAUUUAACAUCAAAAAGGAAUUGGAAUCAAAACUUUUAACUUAUUUGAAUAUAAAUGAUAAAUUAUUAACGCUUGAUGAACUUAUUAGUCAGUACAAAAUAAGUGAAACAAAAUCAGAAGAAAUCGAUGAAUUGAUUAAAAACAAUUCUGUACUAUUUGAAUGGUUGGAUGGACCUUUAGUUACUGCAAUGAAAACCGGAAGUUUUUUCUUAUUAGAUGAAAUAUCAUUAGCUGACGAUUCUGUUUUAGAAAGGUUAAAUUCUGUACUUGAACCAGAAAGAAGUUUAUUACUUGCUGAAAAAGGUAGUGAUGAUGCCUUUAUAAUAGCGUCAGAUGGAUUCGAAUUUUUUGCAACAAUGAACCCUGGUGGAGAUUAUGGUAAAAAAGAAUUAUCACCUGCAUUAAGAAACAGAUUUACUGAAAUUUGGGUACCAUCAAUGGAAAAUUUCGAAGAUGUUUAUCAAAUUGUAGAGUCAAGACUUAAACAAUCGCAGCUCGCAGGUCCUAUUGUUAAAUUUGCAAAAUGGUAUGCUAUGGAAUUUGGAGGUGGAAGUACAAGUAAUGGUGUUAUAUCACUUAGAGAUAUAUUGGCUUGGGUUGAAUUUAUCAACUCUUGUGAUUAUUUAGAACCAAAUGUUGCUUUAUUACAUGGUGCUUUAAUGGUUUUCAUUGAUGCCUUAGGAACUAAUAAUACUGCAUAUUUAGCUGAAAAUAUUGAAAACCUCGAGAUGAAUAAAUCUAAAUGUAUUAAAUUCUUGGAUGUUGAUACUAAAGUCUCAAAUUUUGAAAUCCAAUUUAGCGAUGAUUAUUUAAGGGCUGGCCAUUUUUCAAUUCCUAUUAAAAAUAUGGUUGAAACUCAACACUCGUUUAGUUUAAAUGCACCUACUACCGCAGAAAAUGCUAUGAAAGUGGUAAGGGCAAUGCAAGUGAAUAAACCAAUUUUAUUAGAAGGUAGUCCUGGUGUUGGUAAAACAAGUUUGAUAACUGCAUUAGCUUCAGGUACUGGAAAUACUUUAAUUCGUAUAAAUUUAUCAGAACAGACUGAUUUAGUGGAUUUAUUUGGAUCAGAUGCUCCUGCUGAGAAUGGAAAAGCUGGUGAAUUCGCAUGGAGAGAUGCUCCAUUUUUAAGAGCGAUGCAAAGAGGUGAAUGGGUUUUAUUAGAUGAAAUGAACUUGGCAUCACAAUCAGUUUUAGAAGGUUUAAAUGCAUGUUUAGAUCAUAGAGGUGAAGCAUAUAUUCCUGAAUUAGAUAAAACAUUUCAAAAGCAUAAAGAUUUUAGAAUUUUUGCAGCUCAAAAUCCUCAAUAUCAAGGUGGAGGAAGAAAAGGUUUACCAAAAUCAUUUGUCAAUCGUUUUAGUGUUGUUUACGUUGAUACAUUAAAAUCAGCCGAUCUCGAAUUUAUAUUAUCUAAUCUUUAUCCUUCUGUUAAUUCAACUGAUUCCACAAAAUUGAUUAAGUUUAUUUCUGAAAUUGAAGAUCAAGUCGUAAAGAAGAAGUUAUGGGGACAUCAAGGAAGUCCUUGGGAAUUCAAUUUACGUGAUUCAUUGAGAUGGUUGAGUUUAUACACUUCAAAAAAUUUGAAAUCUGAUAUUCAAUUAUCUGAUUUUUUAAAUAUGAUUAUUUGUCAAAGAUUUAGAAAUAAUGAAGAUCGUGAAAGAGCAUUAACUUUAUUUUCCAAUAUUUUUGGUUCAAUCCCAAGGCAUGACAAUUAUUUUAAAUUGUCCAAUUCUUAUAUUCAAGCUGGUUCUGCUUUAGGUAAAAGAGAUGCAUUUUCUCAAUAUGAUAAUGGCAAAUUAUUACCACUUCAGUGUAACUUUCAAAUAAUGGAGACUAUACUCAGAUGUAUAUCAAAUAAUUUACCUGUCAUAUUAACUGGUCCAUCAAAUUCUGGUAAAACAAGUACAAUUCGCUACAUGGCAAAUAUAUGUGGUGCAAAAUUGGACGAAUUUUCAAUGAAUAGUGAAGUUGACUCCAUGGAUAUUUUAGGUGGUUACGAGCAAUCAGAUUUAUCAAGAGAAAUGCAUAGUCUAUUGCAUAAAAUUGAAGUUAUAUUGAAUGAACAUGUUGCAUUGUUGAAAGGAAAUACAGAGAAAGCUUUAUAUGCUAUUAGUUUAUUAUCAACUGUCACUUUGCAAUCAUAUGAAAAACUUCAUGAACAAAUUGUUGAUAUUGUUGAUCCUAGUACUUUAAAGGCUUCCACAUUAUUGGUUUCAAAAGUUAAACAACCAAAUUCUUUGAGGUUUGAUUGGUUUGAUGGUCUUCUUGUUAAAGCAGUGGAAAAUGGUCACUGGUUAAUUCUUGAUAAUGCUAAUUUAUGUCCUCCUUCAGUUUUGGAUAGAUUAAAUUCUUUACUUGAGACUAAUGGAACUUUAAUUAUAAAUGAAUGUACUUUACCAAAUGGUGAGCCAAGAGUUUUAAAACCCCAUCCAAAUUUUAGAUUAUUUUUGACUGUUGAUUUUAGAUUUGGGGAAUUGUCUAGAGCAAUGAGAAAUAGAGGGAUUGAAGUUUACAUGGAUUCCUUAGAUGAAAGAGUAUCAAGAUUUGAUAAAAAGCUGUUGAAACAUAUUACAACUACUAGUUAUGGAUUUGAAAGAAAUACAAACUUGAGAGAUUUUAGUUUGCUUGAAGAUUCCAUUCAAAAUGGGUCAAUUUGUACUAGUUCAACAUUGGGAAUAAUAGCAGAACCUCAAGUUAACUGGAAGGAUUUUGUUUUCAACUCAUUAGAUUUUGCAAGUGAUAAUAAAAGUAUCGUGGAAGGAAUUUUUGAAAGUUUUCAAUUGAUAAGGAAGUUUGAUUUACCAUUAAAAAGUGUUUACAAAAAUUCAGAUUUACUUGCUGCUGAAGUUGUGAAUGAAAACGUGGGUUUUGGAGAGUUUCAAGCAUUACAUCCAUUAUUAAAUACUUCAAUUAUUUCAACUAUUGUUGAUGAGUUUCCUUUUGCUUCUACCAGUGAGUCAACCAUGUUGUUUGAAAUGAUUGAUAUCUUGAAAUACCUUGGGAGGAAAUUGGAUACUAUUGAAAAAUCUUCAAUGAAUAAGAAGAUUGAGGAUUUGAGUUAUAUCGAAAAGUCUGCUGCUGUUGCAAAUGGUAGAAAUAUUAAAUCUGUACCAAGGAUCGACAUUUAUAUGAUAUCUCAAGACGUCUUUAAGUUUGGUGUUGAAACAAUUACUGAAACAAAAUUAUUUUCCAAGGUAAUAUUCAUGCAAUUAUUCAAGUUGUUUAGCAUGACUCAAGUCUUUAUCCAAGAGCUGAAUGAAUCAAAAAUACGAGUGUUCCAGGAGUUAAUUAUUAGUUGGUGCGAGACUAAUAAAGCUACUGAUUUAUUAAAAACGAUAGAUUAUUUUGGUAAAAAGUUAGAAUUAUUCACUGGUUUAUCAAUGAAUGAAAUUUGGGAAUAUUUUAGAGGGGAUUAUCCGCAAACAUUAGCUGGAUGGGAGAAUUUAAAUUUAGUAAAUUCAUUAAUUGCAGAUUUUGACUUUGUUUCAAAGCAACAAACAACUGAUGUGUCGUCCCUUGCUUUGUUGUUUGAAGAACUUUAUAGAUCAAUCAUUGAAAAUAAUUAUGAUGAAACUGAAUUGCAUUUAGUAUUGGAGAAAGUUCGUAACAACUUAGAAGAAUUGAAAAACAAUAGUGGUAAAAGGUCAAAUGUAUUUAAAGAAGAAUUCACCUACGUCAGUGAUUUUAUUGAAGAUAAAAAUGAUUUAUUGCAUCUUUACAACCAUUCCGAAAGAUCUUUAUUAUCAAUUAUCAAAGACAAAAAUUUCAGACCAUAUCCUAGUAUUAUUAAAACUGUGUCUCAAAAUUUCACUCAAAUCAGGGCUUUGUUUACGAGUUUAUUAUUUAGCUCCACAAUAAGCAAAACUUUCAAAUUGCAACUUAGUCCAGCGGAAAGAGUGAAUGAAUCAUUAUUGGACUCAAAUAUUUUGAAAUCAGCACUUAUUAAUCAAUCAAAAUUUAUAUUAGCAGAUCAAAAGGAGAGGUUUGCAAAAUUGUUAUUGGAUUGGAUUGAUUAUGUUUACCUUGCUCAUCCAGAAUUGAGUUCUCAUAUUAAGGAGCAAUUUUUACAACCAGCUAUUGCAUUAGCAAACAAAUCUGAUAAUUUACUCAAUUUAGGAAAAGCUUGGAUUUUGUUUUCCACGGGUCUUAUACAAUUAUAUUUACCAAAUCAUCCAAAAGAUCCAGCUAUUAAAGAGUAUGUCAUUGCUCAAGUCCACUCCAAUUAUAUGCACGACGUCAAACAAAUUAAGCACUCAUUUGAAUCAAGUAGGGAAGUUUUAAAAGGAGACCAAAAAACAUUUUUAGAAACAACCUUAAAUGAACUUGAUCUUCCAGUCCCAGAAAAACCCAAGGUUUAUCGUCCAGAAAAUUCAGUUGAUGGUUUAAUCGAUGAAUGGAAUGCUAUAAUGGAUUCUUCUAUAAGAUCUAUUGAUAAAUUAAUUUAUGAAAUUGAAAGUAAAUCAGAAGUAGAAAAUAAAGUUAAACUAUUCCAAACAAAUCUUUCAAAAUUUGCAAUGAGAAUGGAACAAAAUUAUUAUUUGUAUUCAGAUUUGAAUGAUAUACUUCUUGGUUUCAUAUAUGGAUUGAAAUUUGGUCUUGAUAUUACUAUGAUUCCAAGUGAUGAUAGUAGGUUAUCCAAAACUUGGUUUAUUGAUACCUCCGAUAUGAUAAAUUCUGAGAGUGUAAAUACUGCGUUUAAAAAAGCUAAAGAAUUUACUAAGAAAUUAAGUGUUGAAGAUCAAGCAGUGGAAAAUAUUAUGAAAUAUUUUAUGAAAAUUAGUUUUGCUACAGAAAAUGAAGAUGUGUUAAAUCAAACGUUUAAAAAUUUGUAUUAUAGAUGGUCACUUAGAAAGAUGAGAGAAGACCAAGCCAAAUCCGAGGAAGGAAAUUUGUUCAAAUACAAAAAUGUGGAAGAAAACAUUGAUCAAGAUUUCCAAAAAUUAUUUCCAGAUUAUGAAACGAUUAUGGAUCUAGAUAUGAACGGUGGUGCUAAAACUAACUUUGAAGAUGUUUAUGUACAAAUUGCUAGAUCAUAUAUUGAACAUUUUUAUGAGAGAAAACAAAUAGAGAUGAUUGAUCUAACUCGAGAAGGUUGUGAAGUAUAUGAUGUAUUGAAUUCUUUUGAUUUAGCCGAUGGUACUAUUAAUUCUUCAGGUUUAGCUGCAACUAUUAAUUUGUCUCAUGAUAUCACCAACAAACUAACAAAUCCACUGAGCAGCUUUCAUUUUUAUAAGGAAAGUAACCCUAAAGAAGUUGAAAAUGCUAUAAAAAUUGUUUCAGAUGUUCAUGAGUCAUCAAAGAAGUUGCUGGAACUUUGGCCAGAGCAUGCUACGUUGAAAAAUAUAGUAUUUGCAACUUCAGAAUUUUUGUCAUAUCCAAUAAAUUUACCAUUAGGUAGAUUCUUGCAAAAGAUUGAACAAAUUUAUACAUAUAUUGCGGAAUGGCAAAAAUAUUCUUCAUCACAAACUUCACUUGAGGCUCAAUAUAAUAAAUUGACUACUUUAAUAAUAACUUGGAGGAAAUUGGAAUUGUCUACUUGGAACUCUUUGUUUAAAUAUGAAGAAAUAACUUUUGAGAAUAAAGUAGGUGCUUGGUGGUUUCAUUUAUUGGAAGUCAUAUUGAUUCCAAUAUUGGAAAACAAUGAGGAAGAAGAUCAAGCUGUGAAGUUAUUAUCUGCAUUAAAUAUUUUUAUGAGUAAUAUGUCAUACGGAGAAUUUUCAAGUAGAUUGAAGAUAUUAAAAGCUUUUAGAAAUCAUGCUUCAGAAAUUGACAAACUGAAUAAAAUCGUUGAUGCAUUAACAAAUUUUGUUAAAUUUUAUGAUCAAUUUGAACCAAUUAUUCAUGAGAAUAUUCGUAUUACGAAAGACAAAUUACAAAAAGAUAUUAAUGAAGUACUUUUAUUAGCAAGUUGGAAAGAUGUUAAUAUUGAUGCACUUAAACAAAGUGCGAGAAAAUCUCACAAUAAUUUAUAUAAAAUUGUCCGAAAAUAUAGGGAUUUGUUAAAUACUCCAGUCCAAGCAAUAAUUGAAACAGGAUUAUCAUCAGAUAAUACGAGUAAAUUUGUGAAUGCUUUGAAGUUACCUUUGGUCGGAAUCUCUGAUUAUAUUCAAGAAGAUGCAGUCAAGGAAAUUAAUACAUGGAGUGAAAGACCUCAAAGAUUACAAAAUUUAUCAAUGAUUAAGAAAAAUUUGAAGAUUUAUGUCGAUAGAAUUGGUUCAGAAACACUUCCUAAAUUUUCGGAGUUUGCUGAUGAAGUUAAGUCACAUAUGGAAGAAUUACGUAAAGAGACCCCAACUCAAUUAAAAGAUGAUAAUAAAAAAUUAGUUGCAGCUUUGAAAACUCAAAAAAUGAAAUUGCUAAGUGAUUCAAUUCGUGAAGUCAGGCGUUCUGGGCUAAAGACUAGUAUGCGUCUGGAUAUAGUUGCUACACAACGUUCAGUAAAUUUGAUUUUAGCUAAUUCAAAAACAUUAGAUGGGUAUGUGGAAGGUUGUGAUGAAGAUUUUUUCAAAAUAUUAGAUUUAUUGCCUCGUCUUCGUGCUGCGAUUGCAUCACCUUCUGAUGAUGUACCCAUAUCAGAUCUUGAAAAAGGUAUGGCUGCUAUAGAGAAUUUAAUUCAUUUGUUGGUAAUAAAGCGUUCUCCAAUUGAGGUUUUUGUUAAUAGAUUUAGUCAAUUGUUUGAGAAUUAUACACAUUUGCAAAAAUUAUCUCAAAUGAAUCAAAAGAAUGAAAUUUUGAUACAAGUUGAAAUUGGCAAUUUAGAUUACAUAAGAAAAUGGUUAAUUAAGUUAUUGGAUUAUGCAAAUACUACAUUUAGGGUUUUGAAUCAAUUUUCAGCAUCAACCUCUGAAACAGGAAUAUUUAGUGAUCUCAGAAAUGAAUUGAAUGCAAUGGAAGUAGUUGAAAGUAAUUUGAUAGUACUGACAUCUAGUGACUUAAAUAAAUCUGAAAGAUUUAAACAAUUUUUAAAUGGCUUGGUUAUUUCAUUGACAAAUUGGAAAAUUCAAAAUGUAAAAUAUGCAUUUGUUGCAGAUAUUAUUUUGGAGUGGUUACAAAAAAAUCAUGCGGAGUCAAAUAUAAAUUUAGUUGCAGACAAUCAAUUUUCUAUUGAAGAUGUUGAAAAAGAAUUUAGAAACUUAUCUUCGCUGAUCCUUGUUGCUGUUCAAAAAGUUACAGAGACCCAAAACUCAGAAAUAGACAGGGAUGAUGAUGGAUGGUUAAUCAAUGUACAAUCAAGAUUAUCUCAAUAUAUUAAACGUUCUCAUAUAAAUUCAGUUUUAUUAAAAAUUGAAAAAUGUAUAGAUAUGUCCAGAAUGUCAACUGAAUCAUCGAACUUGAUCUCAGCUUUGAGUUCAUUUACUUUACCAUUAGUUGAAUUUUAUUAUAAUUUAUGUUCAAAUAUCCUUAUAAAGAUUAGAGAGAAUUACCAUGACUUAUCCAAGGCUACAUUUAAAUUUUCAUCAAUACUUUUUUUAUUGGCAACUAAAGGAUUUUGUUCUCCACAACCACCAAAUGAACAGAAAGAGGAUAAUAAUUUACAUGAUGGUACUGGUUUAGGAGAUGGAGAAGGUGCUCAAAACAAUACCAAUGAUGUUGAAGAAGAUGAAGAUUUGACUGAAGAUGCACAAAAACCAAAUGACGAACAAAACAAAGAUGAGGAUAAUGAUGGAGAAGAUGAUGACGCAAUAGAAAUGGAAGGUGAUAUGGCAGGCGAACUUGAAGAUUUGUCUGAUCAAGAUAAAGAUGAUAACGAAGAAGAGCAAGACGGGGAUGAGAAUGAAGAUUUAGAUGAAGAAAUUGAUGACUUGGAUGAUUUGGAUCCUAACAAUGUUGAUGAAAAAAUGUGGGAUGAAGAAGCAAAAGUAGAAAAAGAAAAAGAUUCAGAUAAGAUGCCAGAAACUUCAAAUAAUGAUGAGGAAAUGGAAGCAAGAGAAGAUGAUGAAAAUAGUAAGAAAGAUGGAGAAAAUCAAAAUAAUAAGGAAGAUGGUGAUGAGGAAAAUGAAGAAAUUGAGGAAAAAGAAAAUGAUGAUGAUGCAAAUGAAGAAAAUGAUGUUGGAGAACAAGAAGAUGAGGUUGAUAAUCAAGAAGGUGAAAAAUUGGAGAAUGUACCAGAGUCAGAAGUUUUGGAUCUUCCUGAUGAUAUCAAUUUAGAUGGGGAUGAGAAUGAAGAAAGUGAAGAAAAUGAUGAAGAUGAUCAAAAGGAAGAUGACCUUGAUGAGGAGGAAACCAAAGAAGAGGAAAAUAAUUUAAAUGAUGAAGAAAAUAAAAUGAAUGUAGAAGAGAGUGGAGAAGAAGACGAUGAUGAUAUGAAAGAAGAACACAACGAAGAAGAAGGUCAAGAAAAUGAAGAAAAUGGUGCAGAUUCCAUCACAGAAGAACCUAAAGUGGAAGAUGGUGAUGAAGGAGAAGAUGAAAAUGACGAAUUGGAACACGAAAAGCAGGAAAAUCCAGAGGAAGAAGAAGGUGGACAAGAACAGGAAGAUAAAAAUGCCACAAAAGGAGCAGAUGGAGGAGCAGAUAUUGAGAAUGACCAAGACGAAAUGGACAUGGAUACAGAUGCAGCAAUGGAACAAGAGGUAGGAAAAUCUGGUGAAGGUGGUGAAAAUGAAAUUAAUAAUGAAGAAAAUUCCGAUGUUAUUGGUUCAAAUACUGCAAAUAAUGAUGAAAAUGAAAAAGCUGAUAAAAUGGAAGAUGAAGAAGAAAAUGCAAGUUCAAAAACCAAUGAAUCUUUAAAACAAAUUGGAGAAUCUUUGAAAGAAUUUUAUCGUCGUAGACAAGAAAUAUUAGAAGCACAAGAAUCACAAGAAGAAAAAGAAGAAUCAGCAAAUAGAAAUAAUAAUGAAUUUCAACACACUGAAGAAAAUGUUGAAUUACAAGCUCUUGGUUCAGCUAAUAGAGAUCAAAUUCAAUCAUUUGAUGAAGAUAUGGCAAUUGAUGAAGAAGUAGAAGAAGAUCAAAGAAGAGAAGAAAAUCAAAAUAGUAAUGAAGAUGAAGAACAAAUUAAAGAUGAAAAUGAAGAAGAUGCGAAUGAAGCAAAUGCUGCUGAUGAUGAAGCAGGAGGUGCUGCUCAAUCAAAUCAACAAGGAGCAGAAGAUAAUGAUGAAAUCGUUAAUGGUUCUUCCGAAAAUAUGGAUAUUGAUUAUAAUGAACUUGAAGAAGAUGAUGAAGAAGAAAUUGAAGAGCUAAUGCAAAAUUAUGAAAUUAAUGAUAAUAAUCAACCACCAAUACCAAUUGAAGAAGCAAGAAAAUUAUGGAAAGAAAGUGAAUUAGCUACACAAGAAUUAGCAUCUGGACUUUGUGAACAAUUAAGAUUAAUCCUAGAGCCAACUUUAAGUACAAAAUUACGAGGAGAUUAUAAAACAGGUAAAAGAUUAAAUAUGAAACGUAUUAUACCAUAUAUUGCAUCAGAUUUUAAAAAGGAUAAAAUUUGGUUAAGAAGAACAAAACCUUCAAAACGUCAAUAUCAAAUAAUGAUUGCAGUUGAUGAUUCAAAAUCAAUGACUGAAAGUAAUUCAACAAGAUUAGCUUUUCAUAGUAUUGCAUUAGUAUCAAAAGCUUUAACUCAAUUAGAAAGUGGAGGAUUAUCAAUAGUUAGAUUUGGAGAAGAUGUUAAAAUAGUUCAUCCAUUUGAUAAACCUUUUAGUAAUGAAACAGGUGCUAAAAUAUUUCAAUGGUUUGAUUUCCAACAAUCAAGAACUGAUAUAAAAGCUUUAUGUAAUCAAUCAUUAAAAAUAUUUGAAAAUGAAAAAUUUGAAAAUAAAGCUGAUUUAUGGCAAUUACAAAUUAUAAUAAGUGAUGGAGUAUGUGAAAGUCAUGAAAAUAUUUUAAGAAUGGUUAGAAAAGCAAGAGAUGAAAAAAUUAUGAUGGUAUUUGUUGUUAUUGAUGGUAUUAAUCUGAAAGAAUCUAUUAUGGAUAUGCAACAAGUAAGAUAUGAAACUGAUUUAAAUACCGGAGAAAUGAUUUUAAAAGUUGAUAAAUAUCUUGAUAGUUUCCCAUUUGAAUUUUAUGUUAUUGUUAAAAAUAUAAAUGAAUUACCAGAAAUGCUUUCAACAAUUUUAAGACAAUAUUUUAUAGAAAUAUCAAAUGUAUAG